AUGUCGCUUCGUUCAUCUACGGCGUGUGUGAGGGCUCAACACGUAUUGUGGACAACCACAAGAGAUCGUGCGAAGGUACGUGUCUCACUUUCAUCCACACCAGGUGGAGAUUCGCAGUGGUGGAUUGACGCUGAUUGGCAUCAAUCGCAAGCAAGCUCCAGUGCACAGCGUGCAUACCGGGUUCAUUCCUAUCAAACAGGCAAUGCGUCGACGCGUGUCCCACUGGGACGGUCGUCUCGUCGCAAGACAAGUUUACCUGCACUUCAUGCGACUCGUCCUGCACCUCCUGCGCUGGCGACCCCAAGUUCUGCCUCUCCUGCGCGAACAACCAGCUUGCCACCUCAGACGCAAGUGCGUGCAAACCUGUCCUUCAAACACCUUCUCCUCCACCACAUCAACCUCAUGCACAUUGUGCCACCCCGACUGCGCCUCGUGCUCCGGCGGCGCCUUCAACCAGUGCACCGCCUGCCCGCCAGAGCGCCCCGUCCUCGCCAACGGCCACUGCCUCUCCACCUGCGCGAAAUCGCAGUUCCUCAACCCCACGUCCUCCUCUUGCCAGCCAUGUGA